ACCUAGAAAGUUUCACCUUGUUGAGGGCGGGGGUGGGGCGGGGCUUGAGGAAGUGCGACCCCCCAGGGCAGAGCGUACAGGCUGCGGGUAGGGCGGGGACGCCACCCCCCCCCCCAACCCUCCCAGGGUGGUGCCAGUCCCCAUCUCGGCCCCUCCAGGGACCAGCUGGGACAGACCUAGAGCGACAGGGACGAACAGACACGUGCUGGGGCGGGUGCCUGGGUCUCUUUGCCUCCAGCCGGGACGCGCCCGGGCGCCGCCGCUGCCCGGCUGAGUCACGGACCGGGCAGGGCGCGUGUGGGAAGGGGCGGAGCAGUCCGAGGGCGCUCGGCGGGGUUCGGCCCGGGCCGCAGGUGACCCGGACGGCCUCGCCGCCCGCAGCGUCCGAGCUCGGGUGACCUGGUGCGGAGCCAGAUGCUGGGCGACCGCUGACUCGCUGGAGAAGGGCGGAGCGCGCGGGUGGUCCCCCCGGCUGGCUGACUUCGCCGCCGCGCGCUCCGGGCACCCCAAGGUACAAACUCCAGCCGCGUCGAUCCUGCACCCACCCUCUCCCAGCACCUCUGCUUUCUUUGUUCCACUAAGGGAACUGGCUACUGUUCCGGAGGACAAGACCACCGAGGAUGUUUGUGGAGAGAAAUCUGAUGGUUUAACAGAACGCCUGGCAUGUGAUCAACUCCUCACAAUGAAGGCUCCCACCGUGCUGGCACCUGGCGUUCUGGUGCUACUGUUGACCUUGGUGCAGAGGAGCCAUGGCGAGUGCAAGGAGGCUCUCAUGAAGUCUGAGAUGAACGUGAACAUGAAGUAUCAGCUUCCCAACUUCACCGCAGAAACCCCCAUCCAGAAUGUUGUCCUACAUGGGCACCAUAUUUAUCUCGGAGCCACGAACUAUAUUUAUGUUUUAAAUGACAAAGACCUUCAGAAGGUAUCUGAGUUCAAGACCGGGCCCGUGUUGGAACACCCAGACUGUCUUCCUUGUCAGGACUGCAGCAGCAAAGCCAAUGCAUCAGGAGGUGUUUGGAAAGACAACAUCAACAUGGCUCUACUUGUUGACACGUACUAUGACGAUCAACUCAUCAGCUGUGGCAGCGUCAACAGAGGGACCUGCCAGCGGCAUGUCCUUCCUCCUGACAAUUCUGCUGACAUCCAGUCCGAGGUUCACUGCAUGUUCUCCCCAGAAGAAGAGUCAGGCCAGUGUCCUGACUGUGUAGUGAGUGCCCUGGGAGCCAAAGUUCUCCUGUCUGAAAAGGAGCGGUUCAUCAAUUUCUUUGUGGGGAAUACGAUCAAUUCUUCCCACCCUCCCGAUUAUUCACUGCAUUCAAUAUCAGUGAGACGGCUGAAGGAAACCCAAGAUGGUUUUAAGUUUUUGACAGACCAGUCCUAUAUUGAUGUCUUACCAGAAUUUCGUGAUUCCUACCCCAUAAAGUACAUACAUGCCUUUGAAAGCAACCAUUUUAUUUACUUUCUGACUGUCCAAAAGGAAACCCUAGAUGCUCAGACUUUUCAUACAAGAAUAAUCAGGUUCUGCUCUGUAGACUCUGGGUUGCACUCCUACAUGGAAAUGCCUCUGGAAUGCAUUCUGACAGAAAAAAGAAGAAAGAGAUCCACGAGGGAAGAAGUGUUUAAUAUCCUCCAAGCUGCAUAUGUCAAUAAACCGGGGGCCAAUCUUGCUAAGCAAAUAGGAGCCAGCCCAUCUGAUGACAUUCUCUAUGGGGUGUUUGCACAAAGCAAGCCAGAUUCUGCUGAACCUAUGAAUCGAUCAGCAGUCUGUGCAUUCCCCAUCAAAUAUGUCAAUGACUUCUUCAACAAGAUUGUCAACAAAAACAAUGUGAGAUGUCUCCAGCAUUUUUAUGGACCCAACCAUGAGCACUGUUUCAAUAGGACCCUGCUGAGAAAUUCGUCAGGCUGUGAAGUGCGCAGUGACGAGUAUCGCACGGAGUUUACCACGGCUUUGCAGCGCGUUGACUUAUUCAUGGGCCGGCUCAACCAAGUGCUCCUGACAUCUAUCUCCACCUUCAUCAAAGGUGACCUCACCAUUGCUAAUCUAGGGACAUCAGAAGGUCGCUUCAUGCAGGUGGUGCUCUCUCGAACGGCACACUUCACCCCUCAUGUGAACUUCCUCCUGGAUUCCCAGCCUGUAUCCCCAGAAGUUAUUGUUGAGCAUCCAUCAAAUCAAAAUGGCUAUACAUUGGUUGUCACAGGAAAGAAGAUCACCAAGAUUCCAUUGAACGGCCUGGGCUGUGGGCAUUUCCAGUCUUGCAGUCAGUGUCUCUCUGCCCCUUACUUUAUACAGUGUGGCUGGUGCCACAAUCAAUGUGUGCAUUCCGAUGAAUGCCCCAGCGGUACAUGGACUCAAGAGAUCUGUCUGCCAGCAGUUUAUAAGGUGUUCCCCACCAGUGCACCCCUUGAAGGAGGAACAGUGCUGACCAUAUGUGGCUGGGACUUUGGAUUCAAGAAGAAUAAUAAAUUUGAUUUAAGGAAAACCAAAGUUCUGCUUGGCAACGAGAGCUGUACCUUGACCUUAAGCGAGAGCACGACAAAUACGUUGAAGUGCACAGUUGGUCCCGCGAUGAGUGAGCACUUCAAUGUGUCUGUGAUUAUCUCAAACAGUCGAGAGACAACACAAUACAGUGCAUUUUCCUAUGUAAAUCCUGUAAUAACAAGUAUUUCUCCAAGGUACGGGCCUCAGGCUGGAGGCACCUUACUCACUUUAACUGGAAAAUACCUCAAGAGUGGCAAUUCUAGACACAUUUCAAUUGGAGGGAAAACAUGCACUUUAAAAAGUGUAUCAGAUAGUAUCCUCGAAUGCUACACCCCAGCCCAAACUAUCUCUGCUGAGUUUCCUGUGAAAUUGAAAAUUGACUUGGCUAAUCGAGUGACGAGCAGCUUCAGUUACCGGGAAGACCCCAUUGUCUAUGAAAUCCACCCGACCAAAUCUUUUAUUAGUGGCGGAAGCACAAUAACGGGUAUUGGAAAGACCCUGAAUUCGGUUAGCAUCCCAAAACUGGUAAUAGAUGUGCAUGAAGUGGGCAUGAACUACACAGUGGCCUGUCAGCAUCGCUCAAAUUCAAAGAUCAUCUGCUGUACCACUCCUUCCCUGCAACAGCUGGACCUGCAACUCCCCCUGAAGACCAAAGCCUUCUUCCUGUUAGACGGGAUCCUUUCCAAACACUUUGAUCUCACUUAUGUACAUAAUCCUGAGUUUAAGCCUUUUGAAAAGCCAGUAAUGAUCUCAAUGGGCAAUGAAAAUGUAGUGGAAAUUAAGGGAAAAGAUAUUGACCCUGAAGCAGUUAAAGGUGAAGUGUUAAAAGUUGGAAAUAAGAGCUGCGAGAGUCUUCAGUGGCAUUCUGAAGCUGUGUUGUGUACAGUCCCCAGUGACCUGCUGAAACUGAACAGCGAGCUAAAUAUAGAGUGGAAGCAAGCAGUCUCUUCAACUGUCCUUGGAAAAGUGAUCAUUCAACCGGAUCAGGACUUUGCAGGAUUGAUCAUUGGUGCGGUCUCAAUAUCAGUAGUAGUUUUGUUAUUAUCCGGGCUCUUCCUGUGGCUGAGAAAGAGAAAGCAUAAAGAUCUGGGCAGUGAAUUAGUUCGCUAUGACGCAAGAGUACACACUCCUCAUUUGGAUAGGCUUGUAAGUGCCCGAAGUGUAAGUCCAACUACAGAGAUGGUUUCAAAUGAGUCUGUAGACUACAGAGCUACUUUUCCAGAAGACCAGUUUCCCAACUCCUCUCAGAAUGGAGCAUGCAGACAAGUGCAAUAUCCUCUGACAGAUCUGUCCCCCAUCCUGACGAGUGGAGACUCUGAUAUAUCCAGCCCAUUACUACAAAAUACUGUUCACAUUGACCUCAGCGCUCUAAAUCCAGAGCUGGUCCAAGCAGUUCAGCACGUAGUGAUUGGACCCAGUAGCCUGAUUGUGCAUUUCAAUGAAGUCAUAGGAAGAGGGCAUUUUGGCUGUGUCUAUCAUGGGACUUUGUUGGAUAACGAUGGAAAGAAAAUUCACUGUGCUGUGAAAUCCUUGAAUAGAAUCACAGACAUAGAGGAAGUCUCCCAGUUUCUGACUGAGGGAAUCAUCAUGAAAGACUUCAGCCAUCCCAAUGUUCUCUCACUCUUGGGAAUCUGCCUGCGAAGUGAAGGGUCUCCUCUGGUGGUUCUACCCUACAUGAAACAUGGCGAUCUUCGAAACUUCAUUCGAAAUGAGACUCAUAACCCAACUGUGAAAGAUCUUAUAGGAUUUGGUCUUCAAGUAGCCAAAGGCAUGAAAUACCUUGCCAGCAAAAAGUUUGUCCACAGAGACUUAGCUGCAAGAAACUGCAUGUUGGAUGAAAAAUUCACUGUGAAGGUUGCUGAUUUUGGUCUUGCCAGAGACAUGUACGAUAAAGAGUACUAUAGUGUCCACAACAAAACGGGUGCAAAGCUACCAGUGAAGUGGAUGGCUUUAGAGAGUCUGCAAACGCAGAAGUUCACCACCAAGUCAGAUGUGUGGUCCUUUGGUGUGCUUCUCUGGGAGCUCAUGACGAGAGGAGCCCCUCCUUAUCCUGAUGUGAACACAUUUGAUAUCACUAUCUACCUGUUGCAAGGCAGAAGACUCUUGCAACCAGAAUACUGCCCAGACGCCUUGUACGAAGUGAUGCUAAAAUGCUGGCACCCCAAAGCGGAAAUGCGCCCAUCCUUUUCUGAAUUGGUCUCCAGGAUAUCCUCAAUCUUCUCCACGUUCAUUGGGGAGCACUACGUCCAUGUGAACGCUACUUAUGUGAAUGUAAAAUGUGUUGCUCCAUAUCCCUCUCUGUUGCCAUCCCAAGACAACAUUGAUAGCGAGGCGAACACAUGAUGGAUAAGAGCCACCCCCCCCCCAGCUCCCUUCCAAGAAACAGUACUGGCCCAAACCAGUCUAUACCUUCCCUAACAGUUCUCACUGCCUGGCCUUUGGAAGGUCACCCAACAUUUUUUGUUGUUGUUUUGUUUUUUGUUUUUGUUUUGCUUUUGCCGUAACUGUACCACUAUGAUACAUUGACUUGCUAUUUCAAAUUCCUGGAUUCUAAGGAAUUUCUCAUCUGACAAUGCCUCGGAAACAGAAGCAUGGUCCCCACAGGCUGGGGAUCGGUGGCAGCCUGUAGCUACAACAACACUCACUCCUAUCUCUCAGCAGAGUUCUGAAUCUCAGUUCUGGCUUGAAGGUUUUGAAAAUCAGGUAUAUGUAUAUAUAUAUAUGUAUAUAUAUAUAU